UCAAGUAUGAAAACGAUAGCAAAUCAAACAGAGAAUGUUGUGAUUCUUCAUCUAUGAAAAUUACAGUUGGAGAAAGAACUGAACGCUUCAGUCAAGAAUUUGCUAUCUUCAAUUUAGUGGAGAGACUCUUCCAAGGUCAAUUGGUCUUACGAACCCGAUGUUUAGAGUGUGAGUGCUUUACUGAGAGAAGAGAAGAUUUUCAAGAUAUCAGUGUACCCGUUCAAAAAGAUGAGCUCUUAAAAGUAGAGGAGAAUUCUGAAAUUUCCCCAGAGCCCAAAACGGAUGUAAAGACUUUGAAAUGGGCAAUUUCACAGUUUGCUUCCAUAGAGAGGAUUGUGGGAGAAGAUAAAUACUUUUGUGAAAAUUGUCUCCAUUACACAGAAGCGGAACGCAGUCUUUUGUUUGAUAAAAUGCCUGAAGUUGUAACAAUCCACCUGAAGUGCUUUGCUGCAAGUGGCUUAGAGUGAGUAUUGGAU